UGAAAUACCCGACUUUGGUCCUCCUCCUCCUCUUUCUAUUACAACAAAAAAAAUUACGUCCCUCCCUUUGGAAAUCCACAAAGCUUUUCGUAUUCUCUCUGGUGACUUUUCAGAUGGAUUCAGAAAAAGAGGAUUCUCAGGGAGAUUCCUUGAGUGAAGAAACAUCUAGUUCUCAGUCACAGGGUUCGUGUGAACCUGAUGUCAAAGAUAUAUGUGGAAAACAACAGAAAAUUCCUCGAAUUGGAGAUGAGUAUCAGGUUGGAAUUCUUCCAGAUGUAGUGGAAGUUGAACCUCUAACGAAAAGCGGAAUGUCUGAUGCCGGCAUCAUGGUUAAUGUUGCGGAUUCUUUUGUAGAGCCAUUACCUAUCCUAAUUAUAUGGACUAAUAAUGACAUUGGCAGGCGCCCUGAUACAGAUGGUUCGUUAAAUUCUAAGAACGUCAAACCCGUCAGAAGGUCUUCCAAUAAGGAAGUUGUAAAGAUUAAGGAGGUGAAAAACGAAGAUGAAGUCUACUUUGCAGCUCCAGGUUGUUUGGGCAACCCGUGGACUGAUCUUGAGAAAGAGGCUUUUCUCCUUGGUCUGUACAUAUUUGGCAAAAAUCUUGUUAAGGUGAAGAAAUUUGUCGAGAGUAAAGAAAUUGGAGACAUAUUAUCUUACUAUUAUGGAGAAUUUUAUAGGUCUGCUGCACACCGUAGAUGGUCAAGCUCUCGGAAUAAGGACAAAAGAAGCAGGAGGUGUAUACAAGGGACGAAGAUGUUUAAGACGUGGAGGCAACAGAAAUUUUUAUCUUGCUUGCUUCCUCGCAUACCUGAGGAAAGUUAUAGCAACUUGGUGGAGGUCUCCAAGAAUUACGAAGCUUCUAAUGUUUAUCUUGAAGACUAUGUAUCCACUUUAAAGGCUACAGUUGGCCUGGAAAUGCUUGUAGAAGUUUUCGGGAUUGGCAAGGGAAAGCAGGAUCUCACUGCUCUGCUUUCAAAUCCCGCACGAAACAAUCAGCAAGUCGUUCCUCACCCUGAAAUACCGGUUGGCAAGGGAUGGUCCACUCUUACAUAUGAUGAAAUAGUUGGGUUUUUAACGGGGGACUACCGGUUGAGCAAAGCUCGAUCACUUGAUCUUUUCUGGGAAGCUGUUUGGCCACGUUUGCUUGCAAGAGGGUGGGAGUCUAAGCAGCCUAAAAAUCAAAUUGGUACUGGUUCCAAAAACCCUUUGGUGUUUAUGGUACCUGGUGUCAAAAAGUUCUCAAGAAAGAAGCUUGUGAAAGGAGAGAAAUAUUUUGACUCUGUCACCGAUGUGCUGAGUAAGGUUGCUUCGGAUCCUAAACUUAUGGAACUUGAGGAUGAAGCUGGUAAAGGAAACAUAAGUACUCAAGAAAAUGAUUGGGAUAAUAAGAAGAUGAAACAUGACAGUGGUGGUGAUUCUGAUCAUAAACGGCGCAGUUAUCUUCAACCACAACCACAACCACAACCACUGGAGAGCAAUUCAGACCCCAUGAAGUUUACAGUCAUAGAUACUAGUAUGGGAGAUGACGAAGAUUCGUUCCCAGUUAGAAAGUUGAGAAGUUUGCCUAUUGAAACUACUGAAACGUCCUCCUCUGCAAGUCUAAAGUUGAGAAGUUUGCCUGUUGAAACUACUGAAACGUCCUCCUCUGCAAGUCUUUCAACGCACAAUGAAAAUGGUUCUACAGAGUUGGCGAAUGAAAAUGGUUCUAAGGAGUUGGCUAAUGGAAGUGGUUCUAAAGAGUUGGCGACUGUAAAUGGUUCUAAAGAGUUGGCGAAUGAAAAAAGUGCAGUUGACAUGUCAUUGAACUGUACAAGAAAAACUAGUACUUCCAGAUCCUCGGAGGGAAUGACUGAUAAGGAUGUACGCGCUGGCUCUUUGAAGUUUAUAAUUACUGUUUCAAAGAAAGAGAUGCAGAUCAAGGCUCCAGUUCGUGCAGAUGUAAGCUUGCACAAUGACAUUGAUCAAAGUACUUGUAACCCUGACAUGGACUCGAAAAAACCCAUAAAGUGUCAAUUCAGCCGCAGAAAGAAGCCUAGCCAAUCAAACUGUGUGUCCCCUGUCAUAAAACGGCGGAGGUUAACUGCUUGUUCUGAAGCUAAGGAAAUCUGCAGCAAAGACAGUUCCUCCAGUACUCGUGGAUUGAAAGAGGAGGAUUGCCAUUUACGUUUAGGCUCAUCUAACACACGUGACAACCUGGUGUCUGAAGUAAUGGAAUUUCAAGAGAACGUAUGUUCCAGUUCUUCGGGUAAAGGCAGUCCAGAUGAGAACCGCUUUGGUAAAUAUAUCUCCCAGAAAGAGAAGUAUCCACCGCGGAUAUCUAUUGACCUAAACCUUCCACAUGUUCCAUCAAAUGUUGAAAUAGACGAGCCAUUCAUCAAAGAGGUGGAAAUUGGCCAACGUAAUCCAAGUUCUGAGCACCCACCUUCCCCUGCUAGUGGUGAGUUGGCUGGUGGCGAGCAGCAACCAUCUGAUUUGGCCUCUCGGAGGCAGGGCACAAGAAAACGACCCUUAACAACGAAAGCUUUAGAAGCUCUUGCUUGUGGUUUCUUAACCACAAAAAGAAAACCGAGGUAAUCCAUGCAGUCCCAAGGUUAAAAUGUUGGUUGGGAUAAGAAUGGUAGUGUGCCUGCAGGAAGAUUGAAGUCCGAUGUAAAAGAUGACAGACUGAUAGAAUUUAGUAGUUAAACCAUCACAGUAUAAGCAGUUUUUGAAUUACUAUAGAUUUUAUAGAGAUGAAGAAUCUUGUCUGGAGUAAUCUGUUGUAAAAUGAUGUGAGAUCCAGCAGAAGGCGGGUAGGGGAUGUUCACUGCAAGGUCCAGCUGUGGGAUAGCAAGAACAUCUUCUUACAACUGAAACUGUGGACAUUUUGGAACUCUGGAACGAGAAACAUGAGUUGGGUUUCUGUUGAAAUUAUAUUUUUUUGGAUUGUAAUGGCUACAGCCAGUGUUUUUUUGUCAUCGAUAGGGGUAAUGUCAGGAAUGUUGCACAGAUUUCUCCACUCCCUAGCCGGUAGCUGAAGUCUACAAUGUACAUGUAACUUUCUCAUUUCAGAGCACAAUAACUAAAACUGUGCCAGUCGCUGUAAUCUUAAACAUGGAAGUGUGUGGCGCCAGUCAGUCUUUGUUCGCA